CCCCACCUUGCGCCCCAUUUUCAUCACGCUCGCAUAUGACAACCGGGGUGGAGCCCGCUGUCUUACUCGCAGGGCAGGUCGGCACCAUCACAAGGGAGGUAAUUUGCCAGGACAGCGCGGGAUUUAUUCACGGGGUGCCGAUAUGGAAUGGAUACGGAGCGCCGUUUUCGGCGAGGACACCCCAUCACCUGUCAGGGUUGUUACGAGGCUGUUUACGGCGGGCGGCGAGGAGAAAGAGGACAGCGAUGAUGCAGGAACACAUCGCGAGAUGUAUCCAGGGCGCAAAAAAUGCGGCUGCGUCAUAUAGUUUCCCCCCUUGUACUCUCGAAUGCUGUUCGGCGCAAGGGCGCGGAGAGGACUCCGACGAUGAGGAGAAUGACGACGACACGGAGGGUUCGGACGAAGAGGCGGAGCGCGACAAGCACAUGGUCCGCGAUAUGCAUGAUACCGUNCGGACGAAGAGGCGGAGCGCGACAAGGACAUGGUCCGCGAUAUGCAUGAUACCGCCGCGGAAUAUGGUGAUGUUCGGGUGA